AUGGAGCAAUCACGGCAUAUUUUCACAGAAGCCUCUCAACUUUUGGACGAUGGGCUUGUCAAGGAUGCGUACAUGAGGUUUUUAUCAGCAGUGGAAGUAUCUACAAAGCAAUUACAUGGAGUCAAGUUUGUUCAUCAUACUGUUGUAUCCAAGCCUGUCGAAUAUGAAGUGGCAUUGCACAUCAUCCGAUCUUCUCUUGAAGAGAUAGAAAACAUUGCUAUUCAACGAUCCUUGUCAACAUCAUCACGAUCCGGUCCUCCACCUCCACCACCUCCACCUCAUCCACCGAUACAUCAACAUGCUCAACAACAACAAAAGCAACAACAUCCACAAUCACAACAACAGCAUCCACCUCCACUUCCACCUAAACCACCGAGGAUGACAAAGCCAGCUAUCCCACCAAGGCCAUCAAUGACUCAACAAUCAGUGACAACUCGACAACAACACAACAACAACAAUGCAAAUCGAUCACGUGGGAACUCUGUAAGCUUUGCUGAACAAACCAGUGAUCAUGAAAUAUCCGAUGAUGGCCAUCGAUUUGAAGAUGAUGAUGACGAUGAUGAUGAUGACGACGACGACGAUGAUGAUAUGGUGGACUUUGACAAUGCAGCAUCAUCCAAUGACAAGCAUGACAAUGACAGUAGCAACAAUGGCAAUUUAUUGACACGACCGCAUACUGUGGCAGAUACCUACUCUUACAUGCCUAUGGCUGAUACCCGCCCUCGAUCCUUGACAGCUUCUGCUCAUCCUACGCCUUCUUCUUCCACCACUGACAACAUCAACAACAACAACACAAGGACGAUGAUGAUGACUUCUGAGCCUAUUCGAAUUACACCUGUGGAUGUAUUGAGUGGAUCAGUGAUUGAUGCGUCCAUGUUGGUACCUGCUCAAACGCAUACAGGAGACAGCUUAGCACCACCUACAGCACCUUCUUCAUCGAGUGAAACCUUGUAUGUACCCAACAUUCCUGUACCACCGUUGUUGACCACCCAUCGACGACUCCAAUCGCAAUUGGAUGAAUUGGAAGCCUCCUUGAAUGAAUGCAAAGCACGCCGGCGUGCUCAAAACACAGGGGUUGCCAAGGACAUGUGGACCAGCAGUAGUCAAGAAUUGGAUGAUCGCAUCUUGCAACAGACAGCAGCGGUUGCCGAGACACGUGAAACAUUGAAUCGAGUACGGACCUUGUAUAUGAGCGCUGCGACUGUACCAAAUGUGAUGCAAUUCCCUCCUCAUUUGGUUGCCUAUCAAUUGACAUUGAUUGAAUGUGCCUUAUUCCGUGCUAUUCCACCCGAUGCUCUACUCACGCAUUCGACACGUACGCCUCAUCCCAAAGUGGUGGCUUCGACUGAUUUCUUCAAUUACAUCACGCGUGCUAUUGAACAUUCGAUCCUUCUUCCUCAAGAAGCAGCACGGCGUGCCGAAUUGGUGAAUCGAUGGAUCAAGAUCGCUUCGAAAUGUUUGGCAUUGAACAAUUAUCAAACGUUGAAAGCCAUUGUGUCGGCUUUGGGAACACCACCGGUGCAAAGGUUAAGGAGGACUUGGGAUUGUAUUCCUAAAAAGAGAAUGGGUCGAUUGGAUCUCUUGAAUUCGCUCAUGUCUGAAACCGACAACUAUGGCCAAUAUCGUGAACAUAUGGGAUUGAAUGAAAAGAGCAGUAAUCGAGCAGGCGCUGUACGUCGACGUUGGUGGAACAAACCCGUGGUGCCUUUCCUCGGUGUCUUCAUUCAUGAUAUGACCUAUCUCUUGACAGCUGCCAAGCAUGAAGAUCCACGUGUUCAAGACAUCAUUGCAUUGAUUCAUCAUUUUCAACGUGUUCCUGCUUAUCCACAACAUCCACCUUCAUCUUACGUCAAGAAAUCAGGUGCAUCUCGAAAACACGCCUUUCGUCCCUCUGCCAUCACACACGCCUUGCAUCGAAGUACAUCAUCCAAAGGCAGCAAUAAUGCAAAUGCAGGAGCAACCGGUACCACUGGUAUUUCAGCAAGUAGUUUGUUUGAUAUGGAUGCUUCGAAUGAUCCCAGCAUUGAGAUCAAGGUGGAACAACAACUCAUUACGCAAUAUUUAUUGAUGAGGCCUUGGGUUCAUGAAAAGAUCAUUGAUGAAUUGAGUGUGUUGCGUGAACCACCCAAGCAACGUACCAUUGGUGGCUAUGGUCGAUCUCUCAGUAGUGGAGGCACCACCUAUAACAACAACAAUACCAACAACAACAAUAUCAACGCAAGUGCUGGUGCUACACCAUCCUCCAUGAUAAGCACCACAGGGACAUCCUCGUAUGCUAGUUCGAUACUCAGCAAUGCAAGUUCUCUUGUUCGACUUGGCAGCAGCUAUAGCACGAAUACAACAGCAAGUAGCUUUACCAGUUGGGAAGGAGAGGAUGUGGAUACCAGUGGGAAUAAGCAACGGCUAGGCGGGUUCUGGCCAUUCCGCAAGAGCUCAGAAAUGGUACGCCCUCAUCCUACCAUGAUGCAAUCGGAUGUUUGUGUCGGUGCUACAGGAACUCAUAACACGAAUCCAUGGACAACGGAUGGUGAAGAGGAUGAUGAUGAAGGAGGCCAUGAUGAAGAUGAACAAGAUGAAUCAUCAUCAUCAUCAAGAAGAAGACCUUCAGCACGUGCAAUUGCAAGACGAAGGAGAUCAGGUGGAAAAACACUAUCAGGUCAUGUACGAAGCAUUUCUUUACCAUCAGCUAGACCAGAAAGUAUCACGGGUGAAGACUAUCAUGGCAAACGACCUUAA